UUGUUGAAAACUAAGUAGUUUCCUUGGUAAACUUGUGACCACUUGUAAUGAGGCGUACGAAACCAAGCUGUAAUUUGUAUAUAAUCAUCUGCGUGGUCCUAUUCUAUUUGAAAGCGACAAGAGCAACCUUGAUAAGUGCUGGAGAAAUUCAAAGUUGCACAAACAAUGGAUCAUCUUCACUUCAGUGUGACAAAAUGUGGGUGGUGACCUUGGCAGUAGCUAAUGGACAGCAAGGUGUUGAUUCUACUGUUGCAAAGGUCUUUGGGAGCAACCAGUCUGAGUAUGUAAAAGAUCCAAAUGACCCGAACAAAGCAUAUCUUUUCAAUUACACUCUUCACAUAACUUUGAGUAAAAGCAAAAUUGCAAUUGAAUAUCCUUUGGUAUAUUUGCAAGACUUCAAUAAUCAACCCUAUGAAAUAGUUUAUGAAGCCAACUCGAAUGGCCCAUUGGAAGAAUAUACGAAUCCCUGUGUGGAUAGUUGGGGAUCUUCCAAUCCGACUUGUGGCUAUGCUUAUGAUCCUCCGAAUGAAAUCGAUGCAGCUAAUAGAAUAUACAAUAGUCAAGGAUUCUGUUGCCAAUGUGGUGUGUCUGACUACUUGGCGGAGGGAACAAGAGAAGGUCUUUCCUGCAAUUUGCUAGGAAGUCUAUUUCAAAUAGAACCAAGUCAAGCAGCUCAUUGUUUAAGGUUCGAUCCACUGUGGUAUAGUGGUUUCCAAAUUGGAACUUAUGAAGUAGGUGUUCAACAAAGAAUUUAUCUAAAAUUCAUCCAUACUUUUGUAGUUGUACUAUUGGGUUACUGUAAAUAUUUCCAGGUGUCCACUGAAUACAACAGUGGUCAACAGUAGUAUCUGCAGUCUGGAGACCUUUCAGGUGGGCCCAACCAGCCCUUUAGCUUAUUCAGAAACAUAUGGAACACAAAUACAAGAUAUUGGAGACUUCUCACCAUGGGA